AAUCCUGGCUGUACGACUACUCACAGUGAUGUCACUAAAAUACUACUACUACUAAAAACAAACAAAGCUGCCGUUUGUCACAAGAAACGGCUGCAGUCGUGCAGCGUGAAGAUGCGCUUUCCGCUCCUGCCUGGCACAAGAACCGUUACAAGAGCGGGUCUGGCAAGGUGUUGCUGCGCGUGCCUUUGAGAUGCCGCCAACCAAUCGGCGUGCUCCUGUCGUCGUCUGCUCAGCCGUGCCAUCGAUCGUUCGGUAGCCGCAGCAGCAUUUCGCCCGCUGUUCCGGUGACCGUCUGCAGUUCAGCUCGAAUAAUUUCGAUCUCAAUGAUGUGCUAGCUUCUGCUCUUGUGGGAGGUCAGGCUUGCUUACGCAGGCUUGAUUAACCUGGCAACGUCAUAGCAAUUUCCACAGCUUCCUGAGCCAGAGGUGUUAUCCUCUGGCGGUGCCCUUGCGCGUUCUUGGACAGAAUCUUGUCUUGAAACAUGGCGGACCCCGCAGAAGGAGGGGGUUCCGAACAAGAUGAUGUUUCAUUCCUUCGCACGGAUGACAUGGUGUGCCUCAGCUGCCUGUCACCACUGGCUUCCAAAGACAGUAAUGCUACUGACAGAGUUUGCCUUUCUGCUGAAGGAUUUGGCAAUCGCAUGUGCUCUUUGGAAGGUAUUUCAAACAAGGAUGUGCCUCCAGACAUCUCAGUAUGUGUGUUUGUUCUGGAACAAGCUCUUUCGGUCCGGGCUCUGCAAGAGAUGGUCACAUCAACAUCCCAAGCUUCCACGGCAGCUCAAUCAGGCCACAGAACUUUGCUUUAUGGCCAUGCUGUUUUGCUCAGACAUUACCAUGGAAAUAUGUACCUUUCCUGCCUGUCAACAAGCUCAUCCAAUGACAAGCUUGCUUUUGAUGUGGGCUUGCAGGAGACAGCAGAAGGAGAGUCAUGCUGGUGGACAAUCCACCCUGCAUCCAAACAACGGUCUGAGGGUGAAAAGGUCAGGGUAGGGGACGACCUUAUCUUGGUCAGCGUAUCCUCAGAGAGAUACUUGCACAUUGGCAGUGGAAACAGUGUCCUAGCAUCCUUUCAGCAAACCUUAUGGACAGUUGUUCCCAUCUGCUCAGGUGCUGUACGCCAAAAAACUCUUGGUUAUGUGUUUGGUGGGGAUGUCCUGCGACUGUUCCACGGCCACAUGGAUGAAUGUCUGGCUCUCCCAGAGGCUGGCAGUGAAAAUGAGUUCAACUGUGUCAUGUAUGAGACUGGGGCAGUGUGUAGUCAUGCCAGAUCUUUGUGGCGACUGGAGCACACUCGCACCAAGUGGGCUGGUGGGUUCAUGGGAUGGGGACAGCAGUGCCGAAUACGGCAUGUCACUUCUGGGCGUUAUUUGUCAGUGACACCAGACAACCAAGUAGUCACAGUGCAUCGUAACCAUGCUGAUGAGAAAAGCACAGUGUUCUGCCUUGUUCAGUCCAAGGAUGAGAAGAAACAAGGAGAGAUGAGAGAAGAUGAAGGAAUGGGUCACCCAGACUUGAAAUAUGGUGAUUCCAUGGUCUUCAUUCAGCACAGAGACACAGGACUGUGGCUGUCGUAUGUAACAUUUGAAACCAAGAAGCGUGGCAUUGGCAGAGUGGAGGAAAAGAAGGCCAUCAUGAUGGUUGAGGGUCACAUGGACGAUGGGUUUACCUUCUCUAGAGCACAGGAAGAGGAGUCACGGUCUGCUCGAGUCAUCAGGAAGUGCCAGUCUUUGUUUAACAGGUUCAACAAAGCUUUAGAUGCUCUGAAGACGGAUGGCAGGACCAGCUAUGCCUGGUCUCGCAUCAGCUUGUCUGAGGUCAUCAAGUGCUUGGAAGAUCUCAUAGACUACUUUGCUCAGCCAGCACAAGGUGUGGAACAUGAAGAGAAACAGAACAGGCUGAGAGCUCUUCGCAACAGACAGGAUCUUUUCCAAGAAGAGGGUAUGAUUGCCUUGAUUCUGGAGACGAUUGACAAGUUCAGUCAGUACAAGAGUCGGCGACAGUUUGCUCACUAUGCUGGAGAAGAUGCCGCGGGCAAGUGGGAUGACAUCUCCAGCUAUCUGUACCUCCUUUUAGCGGCAAUGAUCCGUGGUAACCGGGCUAAUUGUGCUCAAUUUGCACAAUCUUAUCGUCUGGACUGGCUGGUCAACCGCUUGGAGAGUCAGCAGUCUUCCAAGGGUGUGUUGGAUGUGCUGCACUGUGUGUUGAUUGACAGCCCUGAAGCACUCAACAUGAUCAAGGAGAAGCACAUCAUCACCAUCAUCUCGCUGAUUGACAAACAUGGCAGGGAUCCAAAGGUGCUUGAUGUCCUGCGAUCACUCUGUGUUGGUAAUGGAGUGGCUGUGCGGACCAACCAGAACCUGAUUUGUGACAAUCUGCUGCCAGGUCGUGACCUGCUGUUGCAGACCAAGCUUGUGGACCAUGUCACCAGUCUGCGCCCGAACAUCUAUGUUGGGCUGCUUGAGGGGUCAGCCAUGUACAAGAAGUGGUACUUUGAAGUAGUCAUCAUCAACUACCAAGCAGCCAGUCACCUUCCACCUGUCUUACGAAUGGGCUGGGCAAGCACUGCUGGCUUCAUUCCUUACCCUGGGGGUGGAGAGCACUGGGGGGCCAAUGGAGCAGGAGAGGACCUUUACUCUUAUGCCUUUGAUGGCCUCCAUUUGUGGACAGGUGGAAAAUCUAAGCAAGUGCGACGGGCAAGCAUUGCUCUUCAAAAAGGAGAUGUAAUUGGCUGUGCACUGGACUUGACUGUGCCACAAAUCAUGUUCACUGUCAACGGAGUCAAGGUCUGUGGCUUCUUUAAGGACUUCAACACUGAUGGCAUGUUCUUUCCAGUCAUCACAAUGUCUGCCAAUGUCAGCUGCCGCUAUGUUUUUGGUGGUGACCAUGGGAGACUCAAGUUUGGACCACCAGAUGAGCAUUCUCCAGUGAUCGAAUCAUUGCCACCAAAAGAAAAGAUGAGAAUAGAACCAUGCUACUACUUUGGGGAACUGAACAAGAACAUCAUCAGUGGGCCAACUGAAAUCUGUGACUACCAUCCUUUUGUGCCGAACCCCGUCAGCACAUCCCAUAUUCAGCUGCCAGCAUUCAUUGAGAAUGUGCGGGACAAGCUGGCUGAGAACCUUCAUGAGCUGUGGGCAGUGGCCAAGGUUGACCAAGGCUGGUCUUAUGGCGAGACUCGUGAUGUUCAACACAAGAAAAAUCCAUCCCUGACAAGCUUUGAACGUCUGCCUGUUACAGAGAAGAAAUAUGUCAUCACUGUUGCCUUUGAGACUCUCAGAACUCUGUUGGCUUUGGGCUAUCACAUUACUGUCAACAUUCAACAACAGCAGAACAAUCGUCUGAAAAUGCUGAAGCUGGGAAAUAACUAUCUUCAGAGUAAUGGGUACAAGCCUAGUCCCCUUGACCUUUCUGGCAUCACACUAAGUGAGAAGCUUGAAGAGCUGGUAGAACUUCUGGCAGAGAAUACCCACAAUGUCUGGGCCAGAGACCGCAUCAAAAAUGGCUGGACAUAUGGCCUGUAUGAGGAUCCAGUACACAAGCGCAGUCCUCACCUUGUGCCCUACAAUAAAGUGGAUGAACACAUCAAAGUUGCAAACAGGGACACCUCCAAGGAGGCUGUGAGAACACUGAUAGCAUAUGGAUACACCAUCGAGGCCCCAACAAGCGAGACAGGGGAGAGUGGUAUGACAGAAUUAAGGCGCCAAAAAUGGGACUGGGACUCCCUUACCAAAGAGACUGCAGACAAAGCCAGGCGCUCCAGAACUUAUCGGGCAGAGAAAACAUAUGCUGUCACCAGUGGCAAAUGGUACUACGAAGUGGAAGUAUUAACUACAGGUGACAUGCAUGUUGGAUGGGCUCGGAUCUCUGCAGACCCUAGUGCCCAACUUGGUUCAGAACCAAACUCUUAUGGCUUUGAUGGCUACAUGGCUCGCAAGUGGCACAUGGGAAAUCAUGAAGCCUUCGGUAAGCAGUGGCAGAAAGGAGAUGUCAUUGGAUGUAUGCUGGAUCUCCAUGACAACACUAUCUCAUUCUCUCUCAAUGGUGAGCUGAUGAUGGACUCCUUGGGCCAAGAAAUUGCCUUCCGCAAUGUCCAGACUGAAGAUGGAAUUGGUUUUGUCCCUGCCUUCACACUAGGGGCUCUUCAGCAAGCCAAAGUCAACUUUGGACAGGAUGUGAACACACUCAAGUACUUUACCUGUUGUGGUCUGCAAGAAGGUUAUGAACCUUUCUGUGUUAACAUGGUGAGACCGCUGACUUUGUGGUAUGGCAAAGAGCAACCCCUCUUUGAGACAGUCACAGCUUCUCAUCCAGAACUGUCUAUUGCACGCAUUCAGGGAGGGAACAAUGCUGGCCCUUGCUUGAAGGUCUCAUCCAAAACAUUUGGCACCCUUGAGAAAGUUCAUCUGGAAUACCUGCGUCUCAGUCUUCCAGUCAAGUGCAAGGAUGUCUUUACUACCAGCAAAGAUAAACAGCUGGCACAGGCUGUGCUGGAGAAGCGCCUCAACUUGGAAAACUUGCGGCGCCGAGAAAUGGACGUGGAAGAGGAAGCCUCAGCAGGUGGGCACGAGUCCCGUGUGGAAACCAGCAGACACCUGUCUAAUGCUAACCAGACUGCUAACACUGUCCGUGCCUUGGUCCAGCACGCCUUUAAACUAACAUCAGAUGUGACACGGUUGGUUACCCAGGAAAAUGGCUUAAGUUUUGAGCAUGAUUCCCCACCCCACAACAUGAUAGAAAACAGGAUUGAGGAGACCAUUCCAGAGGCAAAUGAGGAAGACUUAAGUGUCAGCACAGGGGACUUGGUGAAUGGAGGACCAGAUCUCACACUCAGAAAAACAACACACCACAGCUUUAUGGAUGAUGAGCAGCUAACAGCAUCUGACAGACGCAAGACCUACCAGAAGAAUAUCAAGUCAGGCAAGGGACAUUCGCUUGAUGACGCCAGUGUGGCAAGUCAUUCAACAGGUGGUCUCAAGGCGGCUGCUAGUGAGUCACAGCUCAAUGAGACUGACUCCUUCCUGUCUCCUCCUAAGGAGAAGCGUACAUCAUCCAAACUCUCAUUGCUGGCUGACAAGAUGCUGGACACAGCCAAAAAUAUUGCAGAAAAACAGAACAAGAAGACAAAAUCUUCUUUUCCAACAAUUUUCCGGAAGACCAAGUCCAGAGACCCUUCACCUAACAGCACAGGCCGAGCUCGUUCCACGGAGUAUUCCAGUCUCGACCGUAAGAAUGUGUCAGCCAGGACAGGACACCUUGACCGCAAGAAAAAGUCACCCACUAAAUCAAGCACCAUUCCUCCAGUGCGUGUGACAGGGCUUGAUGGAGAAGAUAGUGCAGAUGUGGAUUUGGAUAAGGACCUCAUUCCAUAUGAGUUCCAGGAUGCCAUGGAACAAAGACCUGGUUUUUCUCAGUUUUCUGAGGACUCAGACUUUGGUCAUUCUGAUGCUGAAUUAAAUGAACUUAAUGCCAUAGCAGAGCAGAUUGAGGAAUACUCCUACUUUGUACGCAUUUUCCCAGGACAGGACCCAGCUCACGUGUGGGUAGGGUGGGUCACACCAAGCUUCCACUUUAUGGAUAAGAGCUUUGAUACCAAGAAAGUGCGGCAUGUGGUUCUUUCCACUCUGGACAUGGACUACAAAAUGAAGGCCAGUGUGAGCCGCAAAAAUUGUUACAUCAUGUCAGCUGGAGAUCUGCAACAGCGCUAUGCUGAUGCCAAUCAAGAAAUGUCAUCCAAACGGUCUUCACCUGGUCUUGUGAUUGGCUGCUUCAUAGAUACAGCCACAGGCACUCUGAGUUUUACAGUCAAUGGCAAAGAGGUGGCCAACAAAUUUCAGAUGGAGCCAGGAUCCAAAUUAUAUCCAACAGUCAUUUGUGAGCCUACAAGCAAAGAGAUGUUCCAGUUUGAACUGGGCAGCACUAGGACCACUCUGCCUCUAUCAGCUGCUGUCUUCCGUGGUCUCAAGACACUUAUGCCUAACUGCCCACCACGCCUUGAUGUUCAGGUGUUAAAAAGAUCUCACUGGUCACGUGUGCCCAACACUUGUGUACAGGUGUCCACUCUCAAGCUGUCGGACAUUCGGGGCUGGAGCAUGAUAUGUGAAGAUCCAGUGGGUAUGCUGGCAGUCCACAUACCAGAUGAAGACAGAUGUCUUGAUAUCCUGGAACUCACAGAACACUCUAAUCUCCUGGAUUUCCAUGCUAAAACACUGGAGUUGUAUCAGGCAGUCUGUUCCCAUGGCAAUCACAGGGUGGCUAAUGCUCUGACCAAACAUGUAGAUGAGCUACAGCUGAUGUACUGCAUCAAGAGCGAGUUUAUGCCAGGCAAACUUCGUAUGGGUUUUCAUGACCUUCUUAUUGCCAUGCAUCUGGAUUCACACACCAGAGCCAGGGUUAUGACACAGAAUGAGUACAUCAUUCCACUGACUAACACCACACGCACCCUGUCAUUGUAUCGGCGACUGAGUCCUGCCUCAGACACACACAGUAUCAAGCACCAGAUUCCCAACAUGGAGGACAGCGUUUCCAUACGUCCUCAGCUGGCCAUUACUGAGAAGCAGAUUGAAGACAGGGUUCAGAAGAAUGGCCCAGAGUCUACUGCACCUUAUUUUCCUGUGGAUCAGCUCAAGUCAUUUGUCAUGGAGUCUCUCACUACAGCUAUGGAGAAGGGGGCGGCCCACAUCAGGGACCCUAUUGGUGGCUCCAAUGCCAACCUCUUUGUCCCCUUGGUGAAGGUGUGUGACAACUUGCUGGUGAUGGGUCUUCUGAAUGAUGAGGAUGUCUACCAUCUCUUGUGCCUGCUGGAUCCCAGUGUUUUUGAUCCUGAUCAUAGUAACAAUCCCUCAGGCUUGGGCCUUCUCAACAUGGUUUUAGAUGAACCUGUCAAACUGGAGGUGUGCAGAGUACUGCAACACUUAUGUGACUUCCAGCUGCGCCAUCGUGUGGAAUCCAUUGUUGCCUUUUCAGACACUUUUGUUGCCAACAGUCAAAAUGACCAACUGAGACGAUACAACGAAAUAAAGCAGGCAGACUUGCCAUCAGCCAUUACUGCCAAGAAAACAAAAGAGUUUCGUUGUCCACCACAUGAACAAAUGCGAAAGUUGUUGAUGUUCCGCAGUGGGAAUGAGGAUGACACUGAUGAGUGUCCUUGUCGGGAAGAUAUCCGUGAGUCUUUGCGUUCCUUCCACUCCAGCCUGUUGGUGCAUUGUAAGAUGCCAGAGAUGAUAGAAGAAGAGACUCAGCCAGAAUCUGUGGAGCUACCAAAACCUAGUCUUCGUGAGCGCCUUAUGGCUCUUGUUGGAUAUGCCAAACAGCUGGAGAAAAAAACAAGUGAUGGCACAAAAUCGCGGCCUGACACCAUGCAGAAACUGAUCACAUCCACCAUGGUGCACUGGGCUGAAGAGACCUUUAUCACUAGCCAAGAACUUGUGAGAGAGAUGUUUAGUUUGCUUCAUCGCCAGUAUGAUGGCAUUGGAGAGCUAAUGACAGCACUGGAGAAGACCUAUGUCAUUAGCGUCAACAGCCGGGAAGACAUCAAUCAGCUGCUAAAGGCCCUGGGCAUCAUCCGGUCUCUGUUGCAAGUGCAGGCUGGCCGUGAUGAAGAGGAGCUCAUGAAGGGCAGCCUCAAAGACCUGAUGGAUAACAAAGUGUUUUUCCAGCACCCAGAUCUCAUGCGAGCUCUCUGUGUCCAUGAGACUGUGAUGCAGCUGAUGGUUAAUACACUCAACAAAGCUCAAUUGCAGCAGCAGGCAACCACAGGCAGUGCCCCAGCAGAGGCGAGCACUGCUACAGGACGGCAAGCUCCCAACUCUAGUAUCGAUGCACUUAAUGAACAGAGCAAGCAAGCUAUCUGUAAAUUCAGGAAGAGAUGCUGGGAUGCAGCAGCAGAAAUGGUUGUGAUGUGCUGUCGUUUCUUGUGUUAUUUCUGCCGUACCAGUCGUCAGAAUCAACGUGCCAUGUUUGAACACCUGAGUUAUCUACUAGAAAACAGCAGCAUGCUGCUAGCUCGGCCAUCUCUGCGUGGUUCUUGCCCCCUGGAUGUGGCCUGCUCAUCCUUGAUGGACAACAAUGAGCUGGCUCUGGCUUUGCGGGAGUCACACCUGGAAAAAGUUGCUAUCUACCUGUCCCGCUGUGGUCUGCAGAGCAAUGGAGAGCUGAUAGAGAAAGGCUACCCUGAUCUGGGCUGGGACCCUGUGGAGGGAGAGAGGUUCUUAGACUUCUUGAGGUUCUGCGUCUGGGUCAAUGGAGAGAAUGUAGAAGAAAACGCCAAUCUUGUCGUGCGGCUCUUGAUCCGACGGCCAGAAUGUCUGGGUCCAGCAUUACGUGGAGAAGGGGGUGGUCUCCUGAAAGCCAUGAAAGAUGGAGUGCGAAUGUCUAAACAGAUUGCAGCUAGCCGUGAUGAAACAUCUUCAAGCUUCCUAAAUGCCAUGACUGAUGAUGACACAGGUGGAAAUUACCUGGUACAAAGCAAAUACAACUUCAACACUCUUCCUUCUGAGGACGAUGAAGACUACAUUGACAUGGGAGCAGCUAUUUUGGACUUUUAUUCCUCCCUAGUUGAUCUGCUGGGCAAGUGUGCCCCUGAUGCAGAGACUAUCAAGUCAGGGCGCAGUGACUCUUUGCGAGCACGUGCAAUCCUCAGGUCCUUAGUGUCCAUGGAGGAUUUGGAGGGGGUGCUGGCUCUGCAGUUCAUCCUCCCUGUCAACACUUCUAGUGAAGAAGGUGAGGGAGGGCUGGGAGGUGGAGACAUGCCUCCUGGCCUUCUGCCCAACCACAAGGCUUCAAUAGUGACAUUCCUGGACCGUGUCUAUGGCAUUGAGGAUCAAAUCACAUUCUAUCGCCUCAUUGAUGAAGCUUUCUUGCCAGACCUGAGAGCUGCCACAACUUUGGACAUGGCUGCAGCCUCAGAAAGUGACAUGGCACUGGCACUGAACCGCUACCUGUGUACAUCAGUGCUGCCACUCCUCAUGAAGCACAGUGAGUUUUUUCGUGAGUCAGAGCACAUGUCAUCCCUGCUGGAGACCAUGCUGCAGACUGUCUACCGCAUGUCCAAGUGUAAAACCCUUACCAAGGGACAACAGGAGACCGUAUCAGACUUCCUGGUGGCCUUCACACAACAACUGCGACCACCAAUGAUGACAAACUUGCUGCGCAAAUUGACUGUAGAUGUCCCUGCCUUGUCAGAGCAUGCUGUCAUACCCCUCAGGGUGUUAACAUCUCAUUAUGAGCGGUGUGGGCGUUACUAUGGCAGUGGCGGUGGUUACCAAGGCAGUGCCAGUGAAGAGGAAAAGCGUUUGACAAUGAUGUUGUUCAGUGGGAUCUUUGACUCCUUGGCACAAAGGGCUUAUGACCCAGAGCUGUUCUCCAAGGCUCUACCAUGUUUAUCAGCCAUUGGCUGUGCUCUGUCACCUGACUAUUCUCUCAGUCACCAUGAUGACAGUUGGCUACGUCAAACAAGCAUGGACCUUGAUGGAGCAUUCAACCCUCGACCAGUGGACACAUCGAGGGUCAAUUUGAACCAGCACCUAGAAUCAGCUUCCACCAAAUUUGCUGAGCACUUCCAUGACUGUUGGGCUAUGAAGGAGAUUGAGGAGGGCUGGCUGUUUGGCACUAAUUAUGAUGAUGAUCGCAAAACACACCCACUGCUCAAGCCGUAUCACCUGCUUGAUGAGAAGACCAAGAGGCGCUACACAGACCCAGUACGUGACUCAUUAAAGGCAAUGUUAGCUUGGGGAUGGACACUUGAACAAGACCAAGCUCGCUUUACUUCCAACAGGGACAGUGUCAAGCGUCGAGCAUCCAAAGCCAAUAUUCAUGAACAUGGAUAUAGUCCACGUCCUUAUGACCUCCGCAACAUUACACUAACAAGAGAAAUGCUGACCAUGGCUGAACGUCUGGCAGAGAAUUCUCAUGAUCUGUGGGCCAAACGGAAGCGGGAGGAGCUGGACAGCAUUGGUGGAGGAGUUCACCCUCAGCUUGUGCCUUAUGACAUCUUGACAGACCGAGAGCGCAGAAAGAAUCGAGAGCAUGCUCAGGAGUUACUUCGCUUUUUGCAAUUCUUAGGGUUCCGCAUCUCCAGUGGCGACAUGGGACUGGAGCGGCGGCGUGAAUCUGCUUCCAGAGGAAGCCGUGAGUCAGAAGCAGAUAGUGGGGUUGGGGUGUCCGCCACAGAGCGCCGCUUUGCAUACAGCCUUCUGGAGAAACUUUUGGAGUACUUGGACAAUGCUUCAGUGAACAUGCAACAGAUGCGGCCUUCGUCACGCUUCUCCAGACGAGAAAGCUACUCUACUGCAACAGAAGACGUCAAAUUCUUUGGCAAGGUGGUGCUACCAUUUGUGGAGAAAUACUUUCAUGCCCAUCGUGUGUACUUCAUAGCUUCACCAAACUCUCCACAGAGCUCCUCGGGCAUGGCCUCCAUCAAGGAGAAAGAAAUGGCUGCAAGCUUGUUCUGCAAGCUGGCCCAGACCUUACGAAUGAAGAUCACAGCAUUUGGCCACGAUGUUAACAUUUCUGUGCGGUGCUUGCGCAUGCUGGUGCAAGCUGUUGACUUCAGGUCUGUGGUGAAGAAUGGACCGGAAAUGGUGCGCUCAUCCCUCCUGCCAUUCUUCAACAACGCAGCUGAUGACCUGACCCAGGUGGUAGAAAAUCUUCGGAAAGAAAAGUUCAGCCAUGUGAAAGGCACCAUCUGCCGUGGUGCCACCUCCCUCAAUUAUGUCCACAUGGUUUUAUUGCCUGUGCUCAGCUCUCUCUAUGAUCACUUUGGUCACAACCACUUUGGCAGUGAUCUCAUUGUGGGUGACAUUCAGCUGGCCUGUUAUCGCAUUCUGAAUGCCUUGUACACACUAGGAACAAGCAGUUCAGCUUUUUCUCAUAGGGACACUAUUGCCUCCGAGCUGGCCAGACAUAGGCCAGCACUUGGGGAGUGUGUGGGAUCUUUUGCCAGUUGUUUCCCAGUCGCUUUCCUGGAGCCAGAUCUGAACAAGUAUAAUCGUCACUCCAUCCUCUUUGGUCUGGAGGGCAAGAUCUCAGAGCAUUCUCUUGAGGCACAAGAGGUCAUGGACCAGUUGAAGGAAAACCUUCCUGGUUUGGAUAAAAUUGUCUCUGAAAUUGAAGAGCUUGCACACUCAGGAGGCAAGUACCAUGAGGCACCCCACGUCAUUGAAGUGACUCUCCCCAUGAUCUGCAGCUACCUCCCCUAUUGGCUGGCUUAUGGUCCAGAUGGGCAUCAGAGGCAGGAGGGUACCAACUUAGUAACCAGGGUAACAGCCAAACAAAUGAACUCAGUGCUUGGCAAUGUUCUGAAGCUAAUCCUGAACAACAUUGGCUCUGAAGAUGCCCCAUGGAUGAACAGAAUUGCCACACGCACACAACCCAUCAUUGCAAACUCCACACCAGACAUGAUCAAAGACCACUUCUUGCCCAUUGCCCACAAGCUGCGGGACAGUGCCUUAGUAGUGGAACAGCUGGAGAAGCGAUUAGCCCAUCAGAAACGUAUUUCUUCAGAAGGCUCUGAGGAUCUGGAGCAGUAUGUGCAGGAGAAAUUCAGCACUCUGGUGCGAGAUAUUUAUGCCUUCUACCCACUGCUGAUAAAGUAUGUGGACCUGCAUCGGUCACACUGGCUGAAGAACCCGGCACCUGAAGCAGAAGAGCUCUUCUCUUGUGUAGCAGACAUCUUCACCAUGUGGACCAAGUCUCUGUUUUUCAAACGUGAGGAACAGAACUUUGUGUCUCACAAUGAGAUAGACAACAUGGCUCUCAUCAUGCCAAGCCAAGCCAGCCGCCUCUCUAUUGGCAAGGUUUCCGAGUCUCAAGAAAGUACUGCCAGCAAGCGAACUGGAGGCCGUCGACGUGAGAAAAAACGCCUGGAACCACACAACAGUCUCAAUGUGGCCUGUCUGAAACGGUUGGUGCCAGUCGGGCUUGGAUUCUUCAGUGGCAGGGAGCAGGAAUUACUUCAGCAAGCAAAGCAAAAACUCCUACAGAAGGACCCCGAGGGAGACAUCAAGGAGUUCCUGCUACAGAGCCUCACCACUGAGGAAGGGCCAAUUGAUGACAAGGUCCGAUGGCAGAAGGUCCUUUAUCGAAAGAUUGGGGAUUCCAAGAUGCCAGGAAACAGUCAACUAGCCCAGCAACGCAUUAUUGAGCGGAUCAUUUCCAUGGCAAAGGUUAUGCAUGGGCUUCACAUGGUGGAGCACCCAUCAUCAGCGCUGAAGAAUGCCUGGAAAAAAGUGAUAUCAUCUCAGAGAAAGCGGGCAGUUAUGGCAUGUUUUCGCAUGAUUCCACUAUAUGGCACACCAAGGCAUCGUGCCAUCAAUCUGUUCCUCAAGUCAUACAAGGAGCAAUGGCUGGACACAGAGGAGCGAGACAAGAACAUUCUCAUUGUGGAUCUCACGGAGGCUCAUGGAGGAGAGCGGGAGACAGAGGAGAAGAAGGACGUAGAGGAGGAGGCCAAGCCUGAUCCCCUCAAGCAACUGAUCACAGCCCUGAGCCGUGGGGCGACCAAGGAACUACAGAGCAGCUUACCUGAAGACCCACUCUAUAUCUCAUAUGCUGAAAUUAUGGGGCUGAGUUGCAGUGGGGAAGAUGAAGACGACGAUGACGAUGAUGGAGGUGAAGAUGAAGGACCAGGACCUACAUUUGAGGAGCAAGAGAUGGAGAAACAACAGCUGCUGUUUGAGCAGGCACGUCUGGCUGACCGAGGGGCUGCUGAAAUGGUUCUGCUGUAUAUCAGUGCUAGUCGUGGAGAACCAGGUGAAAUGGUGACAGAGACAAUCAACCUGGGCAUUUCUUUGCUUAGAGGUGGUAACACUGAUGUACAGAAGAAAAUGCUACAGCAUCUCAAAGACAAGAAAGAUGUAGGAUUCUUUACUUCCGUCUCUGGUUUGAUGCAGCAGUGCAGUGUCUUGGACCUGGAUGCCUUUGAGCGAACAAACAAAGCUGAAGGCCUGGGCAUGAUCAGUGAGCCUGGAGCAGGUGCUGGGGAGAAGAAUAUGCAUGAUGCUGAGUUUACCUGCAAGCUCUUCCGCUUCUUGCAGCUUCUUUGUGAGGGACAUAACCUGGAGUUCCAGAACUACUUGAGAACACAGGCAGGCAACACUACAACUGUCAACAUCAUCAUCUGCACUGUGGACUACCUGCUGCGCCUUCAGGAAUCUAUAAUGGACUUCUACUGGCAUUACUCUGGGAAAGACAUCAUUGACAAAGCAGGCAAGGACAACUUCUGCCGAGCUAUCAUGGUGGCAAAGCAAGUGUUCUGUACCCUUACAGAGUAUAUACAGGGUCCUUGUUCCCUGAACCAGCUUGCUCUGGCACACAGCAGACUGUGGGAUGCAGUGGGUGGCUUCUUGUACAUCUUUGCCAACAUGCAAGACAAGCUGUCCAAGGAUCCUGACCAGCUUGACCUUUUGCGAGAGUUCAUGCGACUUCAAAAGGAGAUGAUGAUCAUGCUGCUUUCAAUGCUUGAAGGCAAUGUGAUGAAUGGACCCAUUGGUAAGCAGAUGGUAGAUACUCUGAUGGAAUCAUCAGCCAAUGUGGAGAUGAUUCUUAAGUUCUUUGACAUUUUCCUGAAGAUGAAGGACCUGACAACAUCUGAAGCAUUCCUGGAGUUUGACACCAACAAAGAUGGGUGGAUCUCCCACAAGGAAUUCCGUAGGGCCAUGGAAUCGCAAAAAAUAUACUCUGAGGAGGAGAUAGAGUACAUCAUGAUGUGUGUGGAUGCUAACCAUGAUGGUAAAGUGGACUUCACAGAGUUCACUGAUCGCUUCCACAAUCCUGCCAAAGAUAUCGGCUUUACCAUGGCUGUCCUGCUCACCAACCUGUGGGAGCACAUGCCAAAUGAACCACGGCUGGAGAGACUGUUGGAGAAGGCCAAGAGUGUGCUGGACUACUUUGGCCCAUUCCUGGGCCGUAUUGAGAUUCUGGGCAGUGCCCACCGUAUCGAGCGUGUUUACUUUGAAAUCAAGCAGUCUCAUAUUGACCAGUGGGAGAAGCCACAAAUCAAGGAGUCCAAGCGCUCCUUCUUACACAGCGUGGUGAAUGAAGGUGGUGACAAGGAGAAGCUAGAGAGCUUUGUCAACUUCUGCGAGGAGACGAUUUUUGAGAUGCAGCACGCCACUAGCAUCAGUGCUGAAGAACAGCGCAUUGCUGCAAUGCGCAGUGGUGCAGGCAUGCAUGGAGAAGGCAGGGAGGAAGAAAGACAGCCCACAAGAGGAAGUGUUCUAGAACCUCUUACGCUGGUGUACCGUGUCCUGCGGGACAGCCUGGCAGGCCUCUUCUCAAUGUUCACCUGGAGUAACCUGAAAAAAUGUUAUUAUUCAUAUCGCUCCAUGACAUAUCCUCAGCUGGUACUGACAUUCUUCAAGCUUGCUUUCCGCCUUAUGCUCUUCAUGGGUACCGUCUUCUUCCGAGUGCUGUGGACACUACUGAAGUUUUUCAUCAACAUGAUGAUGGGUGACCGAAGUCUGGAAGAGACCAAAGCUGAACCAGUAUCAAAGGGACCUAUAGCAUUGCCUGUUGGUCCCUUGGCACUGGCCCAGGCACAAGCUGCAAAUGGAACAUCCAUGGUACCACCAGCAGAACUCGACAUGUCACCCUUAGUCAUCGGGUCUGUUCCUCCAGCAGAUACACAAGAUAAUAGCAAACUAAAAGAGUCAUCUCCAGUGCAAAAUGGUGUUCAGUUUUGUGGUACCACUGAACAGCCAGGAACACCUGCAACACCUGUGAAUGCAAGCCCUCAGCAACUAUUUUCUCGUCAGACCAGUGAGAUUGAUGAUGAGGUGUUCAUGGCAGAGCCCUCUACCCCAGUAAUGGCUACACCUUCCAAGAAUGGGCAAACUGCAUUCACUUCAGAUUUCAGAUCACCAGAAGUAACACAAGAGCCUGCCGGCUCCAAGCUGGAGGAUGAAGCACCCAUAGAUCAGCAGAGUUUUGACUAUGGCAAAUACAUUCUGAGCCUGUUUGCAAGAAACUUCUACAACUUCAAAUAUCUGGCUUUGACCCUUGCCUUCUUCAUCAACGUGAUUCUCUUAUUUUACAAGGUGUCCAAGGUGUCAGGAGAUCUUGAUGAUGAUGCUGCUGCAGCUACAUUCAACGGAACAGCAGAAGAAGAAGAGGAUGAUGGAAGCAAUGAAAUUGUGGUUAUAGAAGAUGACUUUUACUACCUAGAGCCAGUCAUGCGAGUCUUGGCAUUGUUACAUUCCCUGACAGCGUUCUCUAUGCUUGUGGCCUACUACUGUCUGAAGGUGCCUUUGGUGAUUUUCAAGCGAGAGAAAGAGCUGGCACGUAAGCUGGAGUUUGAGGGUCUCUACAUAGUAGAGCAGCCCGGUGAUGAUGAUGUCAAGGCUCACUGGGACAAGCUGGUGCUCAGUACACAGUCCUUCCCAGAGAGUUACUGGGACAAGUUCAUCAAGAAAAAGGUACGAGCACGAUAUUCAGAACAGUAUGAUUUCGAAGCUAUCACCAAUCUUCUAGGCAUGGGCAAGCCAACCACUAAAGUGGAGAGUACUCCAUCCAAAUCUCGCUUCAUCCCUUCUUUUCUGUGCAAUGUUGAUUACCAGUACCAGAUCUGGAAAUGGGGAGUCAUCUUUACAGACAACUCCUUCCUGUACAUAGCCUGGUACUUCCUGUUCUCUGUCCUGGGAAACUUCAACUACUUUUUCUUUGCUGCUCAUUUGCUGGACGUGGCUAUUGGCUUCAAGACACUCCGCACCAUCCUUCAGUCAGUCACGCACAAUGGCAAACAGCUGGUCCUGACAGUGAUGUUGACAUGUGUGGUGGUUUACAUCUACACCGUUGUGGCCUUCAACUUUUUCCGCAAGUUUUAUGUCAAAGAAGAAGAUGGACAGGUGGACUACAAGUGUCAUGACAUGGCCACUUGUUUUGUCUAUCACCUGCACACAGGAGUCAGAGCUGGUGGAGGGAUAGGCGAUGAGAUUGAGCCUGCAGAUGGGGACAACUAUGAAGCAUAUCGCAUCCUUUUCGAUAUUACUUUCUUCUUUUUCGUCAUUGUCAUUCUCCUUGCCAUUAUUCAGGGUUUGAUCAUCGAUGCCUUUGGUGAGCUGAGAGACCAGCUUGAGCAAGUCAAGGAGGACAUGGAGUCCAAAUGUUUCAUUUGUGGCAUUGGCAAGGAGUAUUUUGACAAAGUUCCACAUGGCUUUGAGAAACAUGUGAUGAAUGAACACAACUUUGCCAACUACAUGUUCUUUAUCAUGCACCUGAUUAACAAGCCAGAGACUGAGUACACUGGCCAGGAAACCUAUGUCUACAAGCUGUACUCACAACGCUGCUGGGACUUCUUCCCUGUCGGUGAUUGUUUCAUCAAGCAACAUGAGACCGAGCCAUCAGGAUAGAGAGCUGUUGUUUGUUGGCUGAUCAUGUGCUUUGCCAGAUGCUGAAUGUUAGUGUGACAGAGGGGUGCCUGUGUCCUCAAGGACAGACAAGCAUGUUGGGCAUGGCAUAUGUCAGUUCUUCAGGUGUUCAAUAAACUGCUGAUCUUCCGCCCACUGCCACCUCGACUGUAUGCAGACUUGGUGCCAUAUUAUGUCUGGCAUUUGCACCUUCUGUACCAGCAGCAGCACAGUCGUGGUUGGUGGACUAAUUGGCCUGUAUGGUGAACAACUCUAGAGGUGCACUUCUCUUUCACCACUACAGGGGCUUCUAUUUUUCAAGACAACGUGGAUGACAGUUUGGUUUGUCCUGUGUGCCCAUAUCUUUCCCCCUACCCGCUAACCUCACACAGCCAGAAUAUCAGUAGGGUGAACUGUUUCUGUACUAAAUGGCACAGGAAAGAUUGUGUCUUAACAAUUCAUGCAGUGCAUCUGUAUGUUGAUGCAUUCUGCAGUAUGUGUGUGCUUGUUGUGCAUGUGAAUGAAUACAUGCAUAUUUGCUUGUGUGCUGAUGUCUCCAUGAUUUGGGAAGUCAUUGGACAACUUCAGCAGUGCUGCCUCUACAGAAUUUUUCCAACAGGAUUGUUGGUUGUUACCAAUGUGUUUUUCUGACACUCCUUGUGAUUGUUAGCAUGUCAUUCAGAUUGUAGUGUAUAGGACAGCAAUCAUGGUUGUUGGGGUUUAGGCAAGACAAGCAGAUGUGGUUCUUUUGCCAACUGCAGCAGGUCUGUAGUGGCCUACAAGGCAUAGAGAUGUAUGCACUUACUUGUUGUGAAUUAACCUCCCAUCACUACAGACAUGGUACACACAUGACUCGGGUGUAAGUUUACGAUCAUGUGGCUGCUUGUAUGGACCCUGAGAGACUGACAAGAAAUAUGUGCAGCAUGCUGAAUUGGAUCUUAACGUGUACUUUAUACUACACUGGCAUGUUCAUCAUGUCCUCUUAUCGUCAGCACUUUUUCCUCAGUAAUAUAUCAUGAAAGAUUUUGCACCUGUAUGUUUAUUAUGGCAUCUUGAGUUUAUUACUAGAAAAAAGAAGUUUUGAUUUUUGUCGUCCUUAUCCUAUUUGAACUCCAAUACAUUCGCACAAAUCAUAGAUAUCUUUAUCACCUUUGCAUAUUAGAGACUCCGAUUUCAAGAUAAUUUGAGAACUUCUCUGUUAAACAGCACCGACAUCAGUAUUUUUACAUAUUUCAAAGAAAUGAUCAUGUUGAAAUAUUAAUUCUACUUUAGGAGUGUUUGUUAUUGAUCAGGGUUUUUUUCCUGUACUAAUUUAUCACAUGACAACAGGCAGACAAUAAAUGCAAGCUGUAGAGGAACUACAAGUGUAAGUAAACGUGUGCUUAUCACUAGUGUUGGUCCUUGUACAUUUUGGUUAAAACAUUUUGUACAUUUAACACUAUUUAUUCCACUGCACCAAUUUUUCAUGAUCAUCUGUGCAUAAUUCCCCUCCUUCAAUUGAUUUUCUGCUAUACAGAAGUAUGUUAAAAUGAUUAUGUUAAAAAUGUUUGCAAAUUUGUGCAUUGAAGUAGGUAUUUUAUGUCGAUAUCAGAAAUGCCAAGCAAAGGAGCAUUGGGAUAUAUUUAUGACUAAGUAAUAUUUAAUGCUUGAAGAGCAGAGAAUUGAAUGAGAGAGGCUAACACUUCAAGUGACUGCUGUGCUGGCUAGAGGAGGUCAUAACUAUUUGUGCUGAGAACCUGAUGGGACUUCGUAUGAUCUGUUUACAUAGACUAAGGCAAAGGUAGCUAUAGAUAUCAACAGACUAGAGAUCUGGGCAACCUGCACCUUUAUGCUGAUGCAGGUGGGUUGUGUUAUAACCAGCCUCAUAACAAGUCACUGUAAUGAAAUCCCGAGUCCCCUACAUAUGACAUUCAUAGCUAGAAGAGUGUAAAUGAUGGGUAGACCGUCCUUAUUUGCAUACAUUAGAUGUGUGGUGUGCUUGCAUGACAGAAAGUUUUCAACCUGUGCUGAAAACAUAUUCCCAUUAACUUUUUUUAUUUGUUUUCUUCCUAAUUGACAUCCAGAUUUCUCUAGUCAACUCAAAAUCUUAUUGUUUGGUACCUCUGUAGAGUGCAAUUUAUUAUGCUGAAGGAAAACAAGGUAUUAUUUAUAACUUCCUGCCCCACCUGUUGAGAAGUGCGUCAUGGAUUUCAGACGCUGGGCUUGUGCAAUUUGAAAGCUACACUUUUUAUAACCUUGUGCUGUUUUUGGCAUCUAAUUUUUGGUUAGCAUGUUAUAGAUUUUAAGAUAACAUUUUAUUUACUUUUGUGCAAUAAUUUGUGACAGUUGUCUUCUGCGUUUUUGUAAAUGGCCGCUCUUUGAUAACAUUGACAGGUUUUGCACUUGGCAAGUGUUUCAAUGUGCAGGUUGACCUUGUGAAGGGUUGGUGACCCCAUAUGCUUGCAGGUUUCCACUGUUUUUCCAGGAUGAGUCCAUUAAUAUAUUAUUUAGUAGCUUAAUACAAGGUAUGAUAACUAUAAUACAGGGUACUCAUCUGCCAGCUUUACACCCUAGAUUCUGGCUGUUUUGGGAAUGUUCCCACAAGGUUAUGUACUAUUUACAGGGUCCCUAUGUAACUCCAUGGUCCAGGUUCUAUCUCCACUUUCAGGGAGUCUUCCUACAAAUUUUUGAUAUUGUUUACAAAAUCCGUUUGGUUUUCUUUGGUUCUGGUAAUUUGCUUGCUUCAAUUUUUUUCUAGCUCCUAGAAUUUAUCCCUCAGUGUGUGUCUAGUUUAAAGGACUAUUAAAUGAACCAUGGCAUAAAACGUG